GUCCGGGUCGAGUGUUUCAUCAAAACAUAUUGUAGAAGGUGGCACAGAAAAUAGUAUUUUUGUGGAUGAGGAGACCUAUUUUAUUCCGUUUCGGGGAUGUCGAAUUCCUAGCCUGUGUUUGUGGUGUUUUGUACGAUGGCAGAUGUUGGACAUUUCACCUCUGAGGAUAUACAAUUGUUAUUUAAAGAUAAACAUGUUGUUGUUAUCGGUGAUUCAGUUCAAAGGUCUGUGUACAAGGAUCUAGUUUGUUUACUAAGAGAAGACAGGUUAUUAACACUUGAGGAAUUAAAAGAAAAGGGUGAGGAGAGUUUUCAAGAAGAUACCCUAGUUGAGGGUGGUGUCAAAACUGGUCUUCACAAUGGUACAAACUACAGAGAAGUGCGCAAAUAUGAACAGGAUAAAACCACGAUAAUGUUCUAUUUUGUGACACGGUGUUAUGGGGAAUAUAUGCAGGAUAUUCUAGAUGAGUUUAAACUGGAUCCACCUCAUGUUAUCAUAAUGAACUCUUGUCUUUGGGAUCUUCAUCGUUAUGGAAAAACUGCAAAUGCAGAAUACAUCACGAACAUUUCAGAACUGAUAGAUGCCAUUGAUCUUGCUGUGCCUUAUGAAGAUCGACUGUUUAUAUGGAACGCUACCUUACCUGUGAGAGAAACAGUCAAAGCAGGUUUUCUUCCUCCUGGUGUUGAUCACACUUUACCAGCAGAAGACAUCCGCAAGGCAAAUCUCUAUGUGCGGGAUCAAACCAACGAGUAUGGAAACAGAUUCAUCUUUCUUGAUCUUCAUCAGACUUUUUACAAGCAUCUGUACCUGAGAGUAAAGGAUGGCGUCCAUUGGAACGAUUUUGCUCACAGAAAAAUAACUUGCCUUAUACUUAGUGAGAUUUCAAAACAUUGGAAUUUUGAGUUACCAUCAGAAUUAUCAAUGCCAAAUGAGGAAGCAACAUCUGUGAGCAAUGGUUGUUCCAUGAACGCCCUCCCACAGUCCAAGCAACCACGACCCCUGUUAGAUUAUCCUCCCCCAAGAAAUGGUUAUGUUGGGAAUGGUCCCAUGAUGAACGGUGGUCCUCCAAGAAGUGUGUGUUUUCCAGGUAAUUCUAGGUGUCCUCCCAGACCACCUGCCCUUGGGCAGCGUGGCUAUCCUGGCCCAAGGAUCAGGAGUCCCCCUGUCCUAAGGAAUGGUACCCCAGCUAGGUCAGGGGCUUCUUCUCACCCUAUGCAGAACGGCCAUUUCGAACCACGGGCCUCAUGCGUAGGGGUUCGUGGUCCAAGAAAUAGCUGUCCUCCUGGGCCCCCUCCCCCUAGAUUCCGAAUGAAUCGCCCGCUCAGACCUCAGGGGGAGAGUCCUGUAACUAAUGGUACUUUGAGGAAUGGUCCCUUAGGAAAUGCACACAUGAGAGGUGGUAGAGACCGUCGUGGUAGAUCUCGCAGUGCUACUGUAAAUCCUGUUGGUCCCAGACACCCUCCACCCCGCAGAUGGUUCAAUGGUCGUCCGCGUUUUCUCAAUAACAAUGAGUAUUUGCCUCCUCGAUUCAAUUUGAAUGAGACCUUUCCUCCAGCCUUUCCUGGGAAACGAAAAUAUAUGGAAGAAGAUGAUUUUCACAGGCCCUAUAAAUUUCCACGCAAAUGAUUGUAUUAAAAAUGACUAUAGAGAGUAUUUAUUAUGUAAAAACUUCUGUUUUGUUAAAGUUUUGUUUGUACAGACUGAAAAAGUGAAUUUCUAUUCUUUGUUUUAACGAAGAAUAAUUCAUUAUUUAGAAUCACGAUUCGUGUGACAAAAAUGAAUGUACUUUGUGGUUCAGGGAUAAGUUUGCUUUUGUGUUAACAACCUUUCAUUUGCCAAUGGAUUGCAUUCUGCAUGGUGUUUUUUACAAAUCCUUGACAGAUGAAAUGGAAAUUGGAAAAAAUAGAGGGUUAAAUGGUACAGCAAAUAGUUCACGUUAAGAGGAGAAAAAAUCUCGAAUGUUUUAUGAGUUUAUUAAUA